AUUGUGCUCUGCACAAGUCGGCAGCUUCCCUUUCAGCGCGCACACACACACACACACACACACACACAAGAGGUUCCUUCCGUCCUCCGUCCUCCGGCAGCCUGUACAGCCGCAGCCAGCAUGUCCAACUCGGACCGGGUGGUGUUAGUCCUAGGAGGAGCGGGCACGGUGGGCUCCGGGGUCGUGAAAGCUCUGCUGGACAAAGGGUUCAAGGUGGCGGUGAUCUCCAGGGACGGCGACCGGCUGGAGCGUCUCCGAUCGUUCGUGUCUCCGAGCUCAACGGACGACCUCACCACGCUGGUGGGGAACGUGGGGUCAGAGGAGGGAGCGGAGGUGGUGAAGCUGGCCCUGCUGGAGGCCGUGGGGAAGGUGACCGACGUGGUGUCUUCUCUGGGCUUCAGCUGGUGGCAGGGGGGCCCCCCACACACCCAGACCCUCAAGGACCUGGACUGGGUGAUGGAGACCUUACUGUUCAGCACCUUCGUGUCCUGGAAGGCCUUCUUCCCCCUGGUGAGGGACGAGCCCAGCUGCACCUACUCCUUCAUCACAGGAGGAGCCGGGGACAAGCUCCUGAUGCCUGGGACCGGCUUCCUGACCGUGGGAGCGGCCAGCAGCUCGGCCUUCUGCCAGGUGCUGAGGGAGGAGUACCCCCAGGUGCCCUGCAGGCUCAACCAGGUGAAGGUCAACGCCGGCGUGGCCACCGCGGAGCGCAUGGCUCCGGGUUACCUGAACCACCUGGAGCUGGGCGAGGCCGUCGCCGCCCUGGUGGAGAGACGCGGCGCCUCCCACGCCGUCUUCGCCGUCAGCUGCCCUGCUGACCUGAAGACGCUCCUCCCCGAGGGGAGCCUCUAGGCUCUGCAGCGGCCUCUGGCUCGCCUGAAACACUCUUCGGUUCCUUCGGUUGCUCCUCCCUCGACUGUGGAACCCUAUCCUAACGGUGAAGCAGCCGCUCGCUCUCUGGCUGCAGCUCCUGUUCCCUCUGCAUGCGUCGUGAAACAGAAUCCAUGGCGAUGCUCUGUAACACUCAUCUUCUCCUCGCUGCUGUAGAACUGGGACUAGGAACGGAUUAUCUCAUUUUAUGUCGUAAAAUAAAACGCCUUCUCUCUAUCUGCUCAAUACUGUAUGCUUGGUAUAAAACUCUUACACAAAACUA